AUGGCUUUGCCAGAGUUGCCUUCACUGCGCACGUAUGUCUUCGGCCGGCUGGACGAGACAAACCGCAGAGAUCUACCAGGUGCCAAGAAGAGGUCUCAGCGAAGUCGCACACACCAGGAGGAGGACCUGAAGAUCCGCUUCAUGCAUGGUGUCGAGGGCAGUGCGAAGACCGUCUUCGGAUCUUCGGUCCUGGUGCACGUAGACAACCUGCACGACUAUGGCUUGAAUCUGCUGCGGCAAGGACGUUUGCCGGAAGCCGAGCAUGCCUUCUACCAGGCAUGGCAGAGACGUGCCGCACGUUUGGGCGAAGACCACCCGAUGGUGCACCAGUCGCUGCGGGAGUGUGCCGAGGCCCGACGGCGCCGGGGCAAAGUUGCCGAGGCAGAGGCGCUUCUAGAAGACAACGUGUGCCAUGGCUACCACCAACGCCACCCGAAGCGUGGAAACGCAACUCUGAGCACUUCGUGCUUGCACACGGCAACGACACCAAAAAACCCGCGUGCCGAACGUGGUUCGGACUUCCCUACACCAGAUCCUGGGCCCUGGAUGGGGGACGAGACUCUCGUUCGGAGGAGCUUCUCCAUGAGCGCAGAGAUCCGGCGCAGUCCAACCGCGACGCUGAAACUGCUUCAGACCGCCAGAUGCUAG